AUGAUACAUUAUUUCCUUGGUCAUGACAUUAAGCUGGCUUCUUCAAGGCAAAAGCAGGGCUCCGGUGGCUGCGCCUCACUUUUGUUCAGUUCGUGGUGCGGCUCUUCCUCCUCGGGAAUCAGGAAAGACGGGACGCCUUCUUUAAAGGUGGACGCUGUUCAUCCUUCUUCUAAUGGUGAUAAGGAUGGCUCGCCCAUGGAACCGCCCGCUACUCCCUUUCCAGUUCCCUUGGCAGGAAACAGGGAAAAUGAUGCUGGGGUUGUUCUGAAGGUGUGUAUGAAGAGCAGCCUGAAGAAGCCGUGUGGGUGUGCAGCAGGCAUGGAGAACACAGCUCCCAAUGCUCAUGGUAUUGAUUGUAAGAGGAGGAGGAAAGUGCAGUGGAUUGAUGCAAAUGGACAGGACCUAGCCCAAAUCAAGGAAUUCGAGCAAAGCCGUCCCCUUUGCCGUCCCUCGCCGUCCCCAAAUUUGGUAAAAAAAUUUGCCGUCCCGGAAACGUGUCCCGCCGUCCCCUGCCGUCCCCGUCUCGGAAACUCGGGCGAUUCAUCUGGAUCGGAUGAUGAAGAGGAUGAGGGAGGCAACCAUGGCUGUUCAUGUGUUAUACAAUGACUCUUUACCAUUAAUUAAUUUUUGCUAAAGAUCAUAGCUAAUGCCUUGAGAGUGAGGUUCAUAAUUUUUUCCAGUGAAAUUGAAUUCAGAGAAUGGGCCUUUCAAAGAAGAACUAGAUGUACUCUAAGGAGUCAAGGUUUAUGGGGUUAAUUCAAGGAAAAUCAGUGCCAAUAUAUUUUGCAAUAUGGGCUGCAUUGUGGUAAAAACUUGGGUCUCGAUUACCCCUAAUGGCAUAAGUUAAAAUAUUUCAGCUGCUUUUGUAUAACUCAAGCAUUAACUGGUUUAUUUUCUUAUAAGAUUUCUUCGUUGAAAUUAGGUUUUGCAAGCCUGGGCAAUCAUAUUGGCUUGUGUAUUUUCAUAGCCUAAAAUGUUUGAUGUUAGCCGGUCUUGACAACUGUGCUAUUUCUGAUGAAAGAGCUUGAGUACUUUGCUCUUUAAAGAACAUCCAUUGUACUAUAAAUUGGUUUUUCAUAUCUUUCUUUCAUUUGAAUUUAUCUGGGUAUUUAAAAUGAAAGCUUUUUGUGCAA